CCAUCUCAAAGAAAGACAGAAUCCAAUUAGAUUUCAUGACAUUGGUGGUAGAAGGGAGUUUUGGAAAUGGCUGCCGUGAAUUGUGAUCGGAGUGCAAUGGAUCAGCAAUUUGAAAAACAAAAUGGUAUGAUGGAUCGUUUGAAAAAAUUAUAUCCUGCAGUAAAAGAGGAAAAAACACCACUACCAAGAUCCUGGAGCACGAAGGAAAAAUAUACGUACAUAGGAUUGUCUCAGAACAAUUUGCGUGUACAUUACAAAGGACAUGGUAAGACCCACAGGGAUGCUGCUAGUGUUCAAGCCACUCAUCCUAUACCGGCCUCUUGUGGUCUUUAUUAUUUCGAAGUGAAAAUUGUCAGUAAAGGCAGAGAUGGAUACAUGGGGAUAGGACUGUCAGCUCAAGGAGUUAACAUGAAUAGAUUACCAGGUAUGAUAGGUUGGGACAAGCAGUCUUACGGUUAUCAUGGAGACGACGGUCAUUCAUUCUGCUCGUCGGGAACUGGCCAACCUUAUGGUCCUACUUUUACCACUGGGGACGUUAUAGGUUGCGGUGUCAAUUUGGUGGACAAUACUUGCUUUUAUACGAAAAACGGUCAUCACCUAGGUAUCGCCUUUAGGGAUCUACCUCCUAAUCUUUAUCCAACUGUGGGCUUACAAACUCCUGGAGAGGUGGUCGACGCGAACUUUGGACAAGAACCAUUUCUAUUCGACAUCGAAGAUAUGAUGAACGAGCUGAGGGCAAAGACAAAAAUGGAAAUAUACAAUUUCCCAGUGCCAGAAAGUCAGGGGGAAUGGCAGGCCAUUUUGAGCAAAAUGGUAUCUUCCUACUUAAUUCAUCACGGAUAUUGUAAUACUGCUGAAGCAUUUGCUCAAAUUACAAAUACACCAUUUUCAGAAGAUCUUAGUUCAAUAAAGAAUAGAAAGAACAUUCUGAAAUUGGUGUUGGCCGGAAAGAUGGGAGAAGCUAUAGAACGAACAUUCAAGUUAUAUCCCGGUUUGCUUGAAAACAAUCAGAAUCUACUGUUCAUGUUGAAAUGUCGCCAGUUCGUAGAAAUGAUCAAUGGAUCUGAUUUGGACAUAAGUUUAAAAAAAAAUUGUUCUGAGAGCAACAAUGGUUCUUCUCCGAGGCCCACCAGUCCUAUCUUGACUUCUGUUAUACAGUCAACAAAAAAUUUCAACAAGAAACACCAAGAAGUCGAAGAAAUGAACCAGACUAAUGCUUUACACAAAGGAAACUUUCCCGAUUCCUCUGUAAUAGCCAUAAAUAACAGUGAUGUUGAGAUGGAUGAGACGGAAGAAUCCCAGAAUGGACAUGGUGACUGUGUUACAAAAUCGAACAUCAGCACAAAUGGAUAUCAGAAUGGGAAUAGCCAUAUUGAUUCUCAGAACGUUAGUCAUACCUGUGAUAACGAUGACGAAGAUAUGGAUGUUGAUGAGCCUUGUAGCAAGAAAGCCUGUACACAGCCAGAGGUAGAAAGAAUAUUAGAAUUUGGCAGAGAAUUAUAUAGUCUUAGCCAAAGGUUAACAGGAGAUAAAGUAGUGAAUGAAACCAAUCAAAAAAUGUUGGAGGAUGCAUUUAGUUUAUUAGCCUAUUCCAACCCUUGGACAAGUCCGGUGGGGUGGCAACUAAGGGCUUCGGAAAGAGAAAAUAUAUGUGCUUCCCUCAAUUCUGCUAUUUUAGAAUCAAAUAAUAAACCUCGACGGCCACCACUAGAGGUCGCGGUGGCGCACGCGCAGGAACUUGUGCGUUUAAUGUCGAACAACGGUCUGGGCGCAUGUGCCUUCACAUCACUAUCAGACAUUCUCGAACAGUGACCGCAGUAUGGUCCUUCAGCGACGUUGCCACACAUUUCGACGAAUCCACUAGCGAGUUGUCGCUGCUGCUGACUGCCAAAAAUAGAUGGAUUGUGAGGUGAACGGACACUUGCCGCUAGCUAGGGCUCUUCAGGGACUGUUGUUUGAGAUGAUCAGUGUGGAAUAUUCAACAAAUGAAAGGGGACGAUGACUUACUGAUCGCCAUUAUGCCUUUACUUUGUUUUUGAUAUAAUGUUAAGGUUUGUUGAGUAUAAUGAAUAUUUUUUGUUUCUAUCUUGAAUUUAUGUGGAAUGAAAAUCCCUGCUCUAAAUGAAAAUAAGCUCUUUCACAAUUGAAGUAUCUACAACUUCUGUGUUGACUCGAUAAAAAUGAAGGCAUGAGUUGAAACUGUACGAGAUGAAUCUGAAUUUUGUAGAAUAUUUUUCAAAAGUUUCUUUCAAAUAUGCAUUUCCUCCCUUGAACUUAAUUAUGCGAUUGGUUAUAAUUUAACGGUAAGGCAUUAUGUGCCAAUUUAUUGUUGAUAAAAUGAUGAAAUUGGUGAAUCAUGUAGAUCUCCGUGCGUCUUACUAAAUAGUAUGAUUUUCCUUCGUGGUUCAAGUCACAGAAUCAGAAAUGACUGUGCUCUUUCCUACCAAGUUAUUGCUGCCAUUUACCUUUCUGUUUUCAACUUCGCAUUCAGUAAUUCCCUUCUAAUUGUUUCAUUUGAUAAUUUAAUGUGAUGUUUAAUUUUCUCAGAGCAGUCGAAUAAUGUCCAUCUAUCAAAAUUUAGCAGAGGAUUUCCUUUGAAAUAAUUAACAAUCUAUUGAUUGUAAUUUUUUUAACCUUGUGUAAUACGUUGUAGAGAAAUAAAUAUUUUACAAAAGAAAUCUUCAUUAAGUUUCUGCACCAGUAAUUAUCAGUACACAUUGUAAAAUACAAAUUAUUGAAGAAAAAAAAUAACAAUAAAGAAAUUAUGAUUUUCAGAAGAUGGGCAAGUACUACGAAUUUUAUAUUUAAUUUUUUUAAUUCAUAAGCUUAUGAAUAUUCGAUAACACUCCUUUAAAAAAUAGAACUGCUCAAUUUUACUCUUGAGUGGUUAAGAUUUUCGAAUUAUUAGUUUGAAACGAAAUUUUCAUGUUUUUUUUAUUGCUGAUUUAAUAAUUUUUUCAUGGAAUUAUGAAAAGAGGUUAAAAAUUACCAAAAUUUUAUUUGAACUCAGUUUAAAGAUUUCUUGCUUUUACACCUAAGAAUAGAUCAUUGAAUUCUUUGUUGCAUGCAUUUCAAUAAUUCCGUUAAAAUCUUUUUUCUGUCCAAGAACCCAAACACUUAUUUUAUUACAUAAAAUUCAGGAUGGUGUUUUUGCACUGAAUAUUGUCGAUCAAUAUGCUGCAUUAACAGAAGCAUGCAAGCGGUAAGUCAACUCAUCUUUUGAUUUGAAUCUCACAAUAAUCUAUAAGAUGGUGUGUAAAUAUAUGAGAUUCACCUUCCCUGUGAAUCACUUAGUCCUAAUUUUGUGUUCAGAAUAAUGAAUUUCUUAAAAAUUUUUAAAGAUUGUAUGACAUGUAAGGUUUACUAAAAUCUAUUUUUUACAUUACUCAUCUACACAAAAAGAAUUAUGAAUGAAUUUUAUUGGAUUGAAAAUCAUGUCACUCGAUGAAUAGUCAGGUGAAAUGUUUAAAUUUAAACUAGAUUUUAUUUUGGAAUUGCUUAUUGUAAAUAUGUUAUCAUUAUGUUAUUUCGAUAAUAAAACUGUAAGUUGA